AUGGCCCAUCAGACAGAGCCGGCAGAAAAGGGCCUACAAGUCGAAGAAAAUGCAUAUCUUGUUAGAUUUAGUGGCCCUGACGACCCAGAGAUGCCCCUUAACUGGUCCCUAAAGAAGAAGGUCUUCAUUACCGCCAUGUAUGGAUUUACCACAAUGGGUGCUACACUUGCCACUGCCAUCAUCUCUCCAACUUCCAAAGCUCUGCAGAAUGAGUUUGGGAAAAGUGAAACAGUCGUGACGCUCGCUGUCAGUUUAAUGAUGGUUGGAUUUGCGGUUGGACCCAUGAUUUGGGCUCCUCUUUCAGAAUUAUUCGGACGAAAAUACACCGUCGCGAUUCCAUAUUUUAUAUCAGGGCUAUUUGCACUGGGUUGUGCGACAGCCAGCAAUAUCGAAACUCUGGUUAUCAUGCGUUUUUUCAUGGGUUUAUUUGGGUCAGCACCUGUUACCAAUAGUGGGGGUGUGAUCGGUGAUAUAUGGACGCCACAGCAGCGAGGGAUAUCUCUCGUGUUUUACUCAUUUUGCACGGCUGGCGGGCCGGUGCUUGGGCCAGUUAUAGGAGCUACGCUACAUGAUGAGUGGAGGUGGACAGAAUAUCUCUGCUGCAUAUGGAUGCUCGUAAUGAGCGUUCUAGUUAUGUUAUUAUUGGACGAGACGUAUGAACCAGCUAUAUUGACGACCAAGGCACGCAGAUUACGAUUUGAGACUAAGAAUUGGGCUUUACAUGCCCAGCAUGAAGAGUGGCCAGUAAGCUUGCAUGGUAUUGCAGUAAAAUAUCUCAUUCGACCUUUCCAGCUGCUGGGAAACCUCACCUGCUUUCUAAUGGCGUUUUACGGCUCUUUUGUCUUCGAGUUGUCGUACCUUUGCUUAUCAGCAAUCCCAAUCAGCUUUGGCAACCAUCGCGGCUGGCCAAGUGUGUCCGCGGAACUGCCAUUCUUGGCGCUCAUGCUGGGAAUUUUUCUGGGGGGAGUUGCUAAUAUAUUCAACAGCCGUGGAUACAUUAAGAAGAUGGAGGCAAACAAAGGCAAACCAGUGCCAGAGGCAAGGCUGGUUACUACGCUACCGGGUUCUAUCCUCUUAUGCGCGGGAAUUUUCCUCUUUGGUUGGACUGCAGCGAGCCCAAUCCAUUGGAUUGUACCCUGUCUGGCGCUGGUCUUCCUCGGCUUCGGGUUCCUAGUUAUCUUCCAGGGCUGCGUCAACUACCUCAUGGAUACUUUUCCAAAAUAUGCAGCCUCUGCCAUCUCAAUCAUGACCUUCAUGCGAUCUAUUUUCGCUGCAGCAUCUGCGUUAUUUGGAAAUCCACUCUUGGACAGGAUGGGUGUUAGUUGGGGGAUUAGCGUAUUCGGCUUCAUCUCUGCUGUGAUGAUACCCGUUCCUUUUCUCUUUUACUUUUACGGUGCCCGAUUAAGGCAACGUAGCAUGAGUUCCAGUCUUUUCAAUUGA